AUUAUUUUGAGAUUCUCUGUAAUAUAAUUUAUUGUUUUGUUGAUGUUGAUGUAAUGAUUUUUUAUAUUAUUUGUGAUUUUCCCAAUAUUUAUUGCUUUUACUAUGUUUGGCGAUGUAGACGCGGCAGCUGCGCGCUACCCAUAAUGCAUAGUAAUCGACGUCAAUAUGGCGGACGAACUCGAAAAUGAGUCAGCUGUGGCAUUAUUGGAAUUCAAAAACGGACACAAAAUGUCGAAUUCGGAGUUGAAAGACGUCAAAGUCAAGGAGGAGAUGAUGGACGACGACGAAUACGAAGAUAUGGAGAUGGAGGAAGAGGACGUACCCAUCCUGGGGCCUGCAGCUUUGGGGCUUCAACGAGUGGGCACGAAACCCAAACCAAAACCCCAACCGACACCCCCCACGCAGGUAUUAAACGCCAGAGGCAUGCCGGCGAGAAUCAGAAAGAAGAACAAGCUAUUCUUCGACGACGACAUAGUAAACACACCCCAUCACAGGGUGCCAUCGGCGAAAAAACAGAAACCCACUCCGACCAAGAGAUUGAAGCCCUCCACCCCCAUGCGGAUGAAAAUGACGCCGAAGAAGACCCCCAGCAAAGAAACGAAAAGGGCUGUUUCGCCGGCAUUACCCCCACCCCCACUGCAAUCCCCCGAUAGAAAAAUAGGGCAGAAAAUCGGUUUGCGGCUGAGAAACCUCCUCAAACUCCCCAAGGCGCACAAGUGGGUGUGUUACGAGUGGUUUUACAGCAACAUCGAUCGUUGCUUGUUCGAAGGGGAGAACGACUUCUCGAUUUGCUUGAAGGAGUCGUUCCCCGAACUCAAAACGAGGGAGCUGACUAGGAUAGAGUGGACGAAAAUCAGGCGGAUGAUGGGGAAGCCGCGCAGAUGCUCGCAGGCGUUCUUCCACGAGGAGAGGCUGGAGUUGGAGAAGAAGCGCAAGAAAAUCAGGGCCCUGCAGCAGAGGAAAGCGACGGAUUUGACGAGUUUCAAGGAUCUGCCGGCGGAGAUCCCCAUGCAGCUGGUGAUCGGUACAAAAGUGACGGCGAGAUUGCGGAAACCGCAGGACGGUUUGUACACGGGGAGUAUAGAUGCUGUGGACACCUCGAACAACACGUACAGGAUUACUUUCGAAAGGCAGAGCUUGGGGACGCACUCGGUGCCGGACUACGAGGUGCUGUCGAACGAGGCGCCGGAAACCAUUUCGAUAUCGAGUUUCCAGAACAAGUUCCGGCCCAGGAACGGUUUGAGCGCGUUCAGUCCCGUCAUGAAGAGUCCGUUGGUGUACAAUAAAAAGAAGGAUCCGCUCUUGUCGGGUAGCAUGCUGAACAAGCCGCAGUUUGUGCAGGCGGGGGAUAAGAUAGGGGGAUUCCCCGCUAGACUGUUAGAGAAGAUGGUGCUGGUGACGAAGAUACUGCACGCCAAAGAGCAGCGUAUAAAUCAGCUUAAAAGCAUGAACUCCGAUGCAGAGACCGCGAUUUCUUUCGACGAGGAGAUUUCGGAAGAAUUCGAGCGGAAAUACGCGGGCGUUUUGGUGGAGUUGGAGAAAUUAAACGACGACUUGCACAUUUACUUAGAGCAGAUGCAGGAGCUGUGCAGGGAGAUAGCGCCGGAGCCGAGCGUGGCGGCGAUGCUGGCGCCCUCUUUGCUUCGCGAGAAGUGCCGCGAGGAGGCGGGGGAGAUCGUGGAGCGGCACCUGGCCGACAAGAGCCCGGUGAGCAGCGCGGCCAUCUUGGACCUGAUCACGGACUUCACGGCGCUGAUGCUGCAGGUGAAGAGCCUGGCCGACUCGGAUCAGAACGCGUACGAGCUGCAGGUGCUGCAGGGCACCAUGGAGCAGAUCAAGAGGAAGCUGAGCCCCGGGAAUCAGGGCGUGUUUCAGGGCUGCGUCGAGGUGCACAUGAAGCACAUAGAGGUGGGGCUCGGGCAAGGCCACGUCGAUAAGAUCGCCAUCGCGUCGAAGAUCUAAUUUUGUCACUUCUGAGGUACCUUUUUGUACAUUUUUUACUUUUUGUUGGUAGUGUAGUUCUCUUUUUUUAAUUUAUACAAAACGGCGUAUUAUGUCUAGAUUUUUUUAGCAACAAGCAAGUUGUGCAAUAUUCUAUAAGUAUAUGAUUCAAUCAAUUUCCUUUUUUUGUCCAACAAAUGAAGCGUUUAUUUUAUCUAUAAUAAUUAUCAAUUAUUGAUAUUUUAAAGAAAUUUAUCGUGUAUUGUGUAUUUGUAUUUAAUUAAAAUUGUAUAUAUUUUGAAAAACCAUUUUAUUUACCCCAA